UCGAAGUUCGUUUCAGUUCACCCCUUCUGCGGAUUUCAUUCGGUCUCCACAACAUGUAUGACCCUCGAGGCAAUAACGAGAAGGUCCCCGCGGAGUCCUCCUCGGCAACGGGGAAAAGGGCGGAGGGUAGUAGAAAAGGUCACAAGACGAAGACCUUUGACUCCCCUUUUAAGGUGGAUCCAAAGGCGGAUGGAAAACGAGAUGAUCCUGUUUGRCAUUUCGUUGCUCGUGGUCGUUAUUUAGAUGGAUCCACUGCGAUCGGGAGGAAGAACGGUCGUCGUUGUUUGUGCAGGUUAUGCAGUCGUUCUCUAUGUGGGGGUGCUCGUGAGGCGAAGGAACACUUUUUUCGUGGCGAGGGGUAUAAAUGCCAAGUGGCCACUCCGGCGGUGUGGCACGCGAUUUGGUCAAAGGAUAUGUCCAAGUGUCCUGCACAUUUGGCUUCUGCCGUGCAGGCCUUGCAGAGUCUCCCUCUAGGUCAUCCCUCUUUUCAAUGGCCACCUCUUCGUUUUCCCGAUGACGUCGUUCCGCCGCCCCCGUCGACCGCUGCCCCCUCGCAAGUGGCGCCAUCUCCAUGUGCACCACUUGCUCCCCUCCCCCCUCGUCCGCUUCGUCAGACGAUUCCCGCAUCCGUUGAUGGCAGGCCAUCUGUGGCAACGCAGCCUAAUGCGCAAGGCACCGUGCCAGUUUCAGGUGUCGGGGAACCUGUGCCGUUCGACGAGCAAGGCACUCGUGCUUUCGUCGAGGGCGCUCCGAGUCCAGGCCCCACCGCAUCACCUGCGGCCGGGGGCGGGGUGUGGGAUUCGCUAGGUAUGGGCGCCGGUGCACGAGUGAGGGGCACUUACAAGCAGCAGGCGGUGACCUCGUAUUACAACGACCCGCUGGAGCACGCAUGUCACCUGCAGAUCAUGCGAUUCAUUGUCGAGAGCGGCAUGUCGUUCAACUGUGUGAAGCUUGAGAGCUUCAAACGCAUGUUGACGUUGAUCAUCCCGCCUGGGGUUCCAGGAGUCCCCACCCCAAAACCCCCAACGUAUCACAUGAUCCGUACCACACUUUUGGAUGAGCUUGAUGUGGAAGUCCAAAAGUGUGUGAAACCCCUCGCUACUACAGCUACCUACGGUUGCACGAUAAUGACAGACGGUUGGACCAACAUUCGGGGCCAAACGUUGUGCAACUAUCUCGUCGGCACUACACGCGGCGCCACAUACGUCGCGACAGAUGUUAUGGGAGGAAAGAAGGAUGCCACUGCUCUGGCGCAGGCUUGGCUGCGAAGGUUGAAGUCCCUUGACAUCAAGCUCGCCGACAUCACCGCUUUCGUCACAGACUCUGCCAGUUCGAACGUUUCUGCGAUGGAGGUGUUCCAGAAGGAUGAGAGUGUCAAGCACAUCUUCUGGAUUCYUUGUGUGGCACACGUCAUGGACCUCAUCCUUGAGGACAUCGGCGGCAUUGACUGGGUGGCGACGUGCAUUGCUCAGGCGCGUUUGGUCACAAAGUUUUUUAAGCGUCAUAGCCACGCUCACGAAGUUUUGCAAGCUUUCACGACGAAGGCUCUGCUGCUUCCCGCCGAGACUCGCUUCGGUACGCAUGUGAUUAUGAUGCGACGACUUCUUCUGCUGCAAUCGCAUCUUAUGCAGGUGGUCAUUGAUGAUCGAUGGAAGGACACUSUUUGGUCAACGAAGAAGAUUCGGGACGACGCCGCGGAGGUCACAACAUGUGUCGGUUGUCCUCAAUGGUGGGAGGAUAUGAGAACGCUGUGCAAGUUGUUGGAUCCCAUCAUGGACAUGCUCCAGAUGGUGGACAGCGACACGAGGCAGAUUGGCAAGAUUCUGCGUCGGUACGACGAGAUGAUUGCGCGUUGUUUGUCUGCAUGUGCCGCUUUGGAGAAGGACGAGCAAGACGCGCUGCUUGAAGUGUUUGACAGACGCCGCACCAUGUUCAAGUCGCCUGCUCAUGUUGCUGCCAUGAUGUUGGACCCCGAGUUUCGAGACCGCACGAUGCCAGAUGACGAGGAGAUGCAGCACGGUUUGAAACUCGCUCUGAUUCAGUUUGGGUACCCGGAACAUUCGGAUCAGCACAMCGAGGUCCUCACUGCCAUUGACAACUUCCAUUCCAGGGAGCCGCCGUUCGACGACGUGGCCAUGGACCGGGCGGCGAGGAGCUAUACCCAUCCAGCAUGUUUCUGGGAGUCGAAGGAGAAGAGGGCGGCCGAUAACGGGCGCUGGGCGAUGCGGCUCGGAGGAAGGAUGAACAUUUGCAAGAAUGCUUCCCUAGGGCGCGCACCCUCAAAUUUCUUGAUAACUGUGCUCUAUGAAGGAGGGGUUGAUGAUCCUAGCGGAGACGGGGAGAGACAACCAUUAGUGGGGAAAGAGGUACGGGGGGAUCACGAAGAAGAGUCGAAGUGCAUACUCCUUGAGUACUUAGCGGCUAGCAAGAAUGCCAGAGAAGAGCUCAUAAGCAUCACCAAAAAGGUGAGAAUUCCGCUCGUGGGAGGACCACCGGUUCCCGGAGAUGGACCCGCCAAGGAGGAGGUGCAGUCGUCUCGAAUAACAAUGGAAGAACUGCCGGCGAGUUUUUUCUCGGAAGAAGAAUCUAAGAAAUUUUAUGUGUUUGGGAGUGGUCAGCCCCAAGCCGUAGUGAGUGGGAAAAAGAUGAGGGCCCUGGUGGACAAUGGGUCCGAGUCCACCGUAUAUAGGGACUCAAUCGCAAAGGAAUUGGGGUUGGAAGUGGAUAGAGGAGUAUCCAUGUCCAUGGUCGUUGCAGACAAUAAGCUCCAACCGGCGGAAGGGGUAUGCCACAACCCCUUGAUUGAGGUCGCGGGAGUGGAGGCGACAGUCCCCAUCUUCUCGGUGAAGGAGUGUUCUUCCGAGCUGAUCCUGGGAAGGACUUGGCUGAGCGCGGUGCACGCCACCGCGGUCGACCUCCCAGACAGGAGUCAGACCAUCUCGAUCCAAAGUCCGGACGGUAUCAGGGUGGUUCUGAAGAUGGUGGAUGCUCUCGACGAGCGGAACAGGACUAAUAUUCCAAGGAGGAAGGAAGCCCAGUCACGAGUGUGCCAGGUCCGGUUAGAAGAGACACCCUUUGUCAACAAUGAACCCCCGGGAGACCGGGUGGACGUCGAGGAUGUUGGAGGACAGGUUAUAAUCGAUGGGGUAGGGUACGAGAAAGAGGACGAAGAGGAGGAAUUUGGUGGCCGGGAUAGAACGGGGGAAACCUCGAUAUCGGAGGAAGAAAUCGCCGAUAUCAUUAGGAAAUGGAAGAAGACCGAAGGGCAAAGUAUUACUGCCGACAGACUAGCAAAAAUGGACAUAGGGGAUGGGAACCUCACCGAACAAGAGAAGGAGUAUGUGACUAUGACCCUAAGGGGUUGCGACAAGGCCAUAGCCUUUGACGACUCGGAAAGAGGAAGGAUCGACCCGAGGUACGCCAAGCCCACCCGGAUCCACAUUAUCUCCCACGUACCUUGGAAAGAUAGACCUCCGUGGAAGUACGCGCAAAAGGAAAAGGAGGAGAUAGUGGCCUUCCUCAAAGAGAAGAUAAGGACGUUUGUUGCGGAGCCUUGUGAAAGCGCCUAUUCUAACAAGUGGUUCUUUCUGAGAAAAGGGGGGAGCAACAAAUUGAGGUGGAUCCAAAAUCUCCAAAAAAACAACGCGGUCACGAUAAGGGAUGUAGGGUCUACACCUGAGGCUGAUCUACUUGGAGAAGGAUCGGCAGGUCGUUUGAUUUAUUCGGUGUGCGAUCUCUUCUCGGGCUAUGAUGAGAUUGCGUUGGACUAUAGGGAUAGGCAUAUGACUGCAAUGCACACGCCUCUGGGGUUAGUUCAAAUGAUGGUAGUACCCAUGGGGUGGACCAACGGAGUGGCCAUGUUCCAAAGGGCCAUGAUCACAGUCCUCAAGGAAUUCAUACCGGACAAAGUGGAAGUCUUCCUUGACGACUUUCUGAUCAAAGGGUCGGUCCAAAGAGAUGAGACGGAGGUCUUUCCCGGCGUGAGGAAGUUUGUGGUAGGUCAUAUAGAGGAUGUGAGGGAGGUCCUCACGAAAUUGGAGGACGCCAACCUUACCGUGAGUGAGACUAAGAGUCGCUGGGGAGUGUCGUCAAUCAAGAUAUUGUGGUUUAACUGCGACAAGGAUGGGCAGAGGCAUGAUCCCGCGAAGCUGGAGAAAUUGAUGACCUGACCGUCACUGCUAAAAUCAAUCACGGAGGUUAGACAAUUUCUAGGAGUGGUGGGCUAUUGGAGGAUCUUUAUAAGAGCCUACAGCGA